UAUGUAGAGAGUUUCUAUCUAGACGACAUUUUAUAAUGAAAAAUGUCCAUCAUGCUUUAUGGUGAAUACAAAUUGAAGAAAUUUCAUGAGCACUGGAGGUUUGCGUUGCAGCGCUUGGUCUUCUUGGCAGCAUUUGUUGUGUAUUUGGAAACAGAAACGCUAGUGACUCAAGAAGCGGUUACAGAAAUUCUUGGCAUUGAGCCAGAUCGGGAGAAAGGAUUUCAUCUGGAUAUAGAAGAUUAUCUCUCAGGAGCUCUAAUUCUUGCCAGUGAACUGAAAAGCAGUCCAGGGCUGGUCUGAUGAUUCCUUGAUCUUUGCCCCGAGGUUCUUCCAGCCUCAGCUUCUUUCUUAUGUUCCAGAACUGUUGCUUUAUGCACAUCUUCACUGUAGCCAGCAAUAGGAGGACAUGGGAAAAGGGUAUGCCCUCCUGCUUUGAGGAAAUUUCUUUCAGGCUGUA